AUGCCGGUGGCGUACUUCACACCAUCAUUCGAUGCCAACCAGAAGCGACCAUUGGCUUACACCCUUCCUGGCACGGCUUCACUCAGUGCGUAUGAGUCUGUGUCGUCUUCUAGCUCCAUUACUGUUGCUGCUGCAACCAGCGACAACUCGAAUGCAAAGAAGUCCAAGCGCGAGAUCCGCCAGAUGAAGAACCGGGAGAGCGCUAACAAGAGUCGUCUGCGUCGCAAAGUGCAGCUAACGACUCUGACAACAGAAGUGAUUAAGCUGAAGAAGAAGAAGCAGGAGAUGCAGGCCAUUAUCGCUAGUCUGCGAGCUGAGAACAAACCAUUGUGGGGCUGGACAGAACACGUUUCUGCGCUCCAACAUUAA